AUGCACGCCGUGCUCUUCGUCUUCCGGCUGCCCUUCUUCGCCGCCUACGCCGCCAGCUACUUCGUGCUCUUCCACCACCUGCCGCUGCCCGUUGUCGCGCGCAAGAUGGCCCUCUGGGGGCUCAUGGCCAUCCCGGGCAUCUGGUGGGUGGACCUGCAGCUGGACGGCGUCAAGCGCGGAACGCUGUCGGGCCAGCCUCUCCACCGCUUCCCUCACCCGGGCUCCAUCAUCGCCGCCAACUUCACCAGCCCCAUCGACGCCGUGUACCUCGCCGCCAUCUUCGAUCCCAUCUUCACCGUGUCCUACCCUGGCGAGAGGCGCGUCCGGCGCGUCAGCCUGCUCGGCGCGAUCAUGCAGGCCCUGAGCCCGGUCAGGACGACCCCUCCGCCCGACGUGAAGCUGGUCCGUCUCGAGCACUUGGUGGACGCCCAUCCCGACCGCGUCAUCGCCGUGUUCCCAGAGUGCGGCACCAGCAACGGCAAGGCCAUCCUGCCCCUGAGCCCCUCCUUGCUCGACGCCCCUUUUGACGUCGCCAUUUUCCCCGUCAGCCUCCGCUAUACUCCUCCGGAUGUCACGACGCCCCUGCCGGGACUGUGGUUCCGGUUCCUGUGGAACCUGCUCUCGCGGCCCACGAUAUGUAUUCGGGUCCGCAUCGCAGAGAGCCAGAUGAACACCGCUGCGGCCAGGCACGGCACUGCUCGGGACUCCGACCGCACCGACGAGCUGCGGCUCAGAAAAGACGGCUCUUCGGACCCUGCGGUUGAAGAGAAGAGGGUUCUGGAUCGCGUUGGAGAAGCCCUCGCCAGGUUGAGCAGAGUCAAGCGUGUUGGCUUGACCAUGAAGGACAAGGAGGCGUUUGUCACAGUCUACAACGGCAAAAAAAAGUCAUGA